CCUUCGGAAUAAUGAAAAAUAUUACGAAUAAUUCAUAACAGACUUCUCAAUUCAAGGUUUUCCCUUCGAUCGAAAAGAAAAUUAUCGACGUUGAAUAUUUGAAUGCAAACGCCACAAGGCAGUCCCGCUGAGUGAUUACUUUCACUGAAAAGCGAUGCGUACAUUUGGAGCCAGUGCUGUAUAUUGAAGCUUACUGCCGCAGCGGAAAAACAUCAAUGCUGACGGGGGAAAUUCAUGCGCGCGCUUUACCCUUGAACAAAUGGGGGUUUCAACUACCCCAAGAUGUGAGGUUACUCCAGACAUCCUGCUGAAUUCUAAAAAAAUUCAGGAUGGAGGUAGGGUGAGGAGAAAUGUUGUUCAGUUGAAAACUGAUAAAUAAAAGGACUAACGUUUUCGUUUCAUAAUCAAUUUAGAUUCAGUUCGGAUCAAAGUGGAAGUUCGGUGAAAAUGUCUUCAGGUAUCGCCAACAAGAAGAAAUUGAAUGUGAUCCAUCGUACAACUAGUGAAACUAUUAGAUUAAGUGAAGCUGAUAUUUUGGAUGAAACAGUGCACAUAGCUCCAUUUCCUUCAUCGUUAAGAAACAAUUCUUCUCUGCACCACUCAAGAAAGAAGGUCCAAAGUUCCUUUCAGAUAACGGAUGUCUGUUUGACACGUCCAGAUUUUGGGGACGAAUCAGCUGAUGAUCUGGACGAAUCUCACACCGACGAAAACUCAAGAUUCACAGAUAACGAAACUCCGAGCUACUCGGAGGACUCCAGAGAUGCCGAAGAACAUGGAACAACGUCAACAUUCGGCCAAAUGUCCACAGCUGCCACCACGGCUCCAAUUUCUUCGGCCUCUAUGAGAUCAAGAGAGGAAAAAUCCAAGUCCCUCAGUAGCGAUUCGCAAAACUCGAAUUCCUUCAGCAGAGGGAGAUGGACCUGCUUGGAUUAUGUUGAUAAUACUCCCCAGUUCAUCGAUAUGAACAUUGCUGACAAUGAGAAGUUCGUUAACCAGUAUUUAAAAAGUUCUUCAGCUUUGAAAAAUUGCGAGUUAUUUUUCGAGAAGAAAUUUCAAGAUGUUUUACAAUUCGAUAAGAACGGCGUGAACUUCAAUAAGGAAGAGGUUGACGAUGCUUAUAGGAGAGUGGCUAAUCUUUUGACAACGAACAAAGUGGCGAAAGACACCAAUAUUGGCGGGAAAGCCACUGCCAUCGACUCCAAAAUUGAACAAGCUAUGGAUCUUGUGAAGAGCCAUCUGAUGUAUGCUGUCAGACAAGAUGUAAACGUCCUUAAACUGAAGAUAUCCGAAUUGUUGGUUAAAAUCAGUCAGUUAGAAUCGGAAAACUUAUAUCUGCGUGCAAAGGCAAGCCCGGAAGUUCUCAAAUUAUUGGAAAGAAGAAAUCAAGCUGCGUAAGAGAAAAUUCUAAACGUUCGACCUUUGACCUUCUAGCCCCAUGGAUUUGUUUUCCAUGUAUAUUUUGCAGGAUUCAAUUGCACCUAAUUCAUAGCGCUUCCACCAAAAUUAUUUUUCAAAGGUUGUUGGAACCUCCACCAAUUUGUAGCGAACAUUGAACAUUGAAAUGUUUAUAGAUAUUCGAGAUAUUUUUAUAUUCCCAAAAAUGAAAAUUUUAAUUAGAAUUGACAGGAAAAUUGUAUAAUCUGUGAAAACUGUGCCUGGCUGAAGAUGGUCGAACGUUAAGAACAAUUUCUUCCUCUGGUUUUGUUACAAGACGGAAAGGUGCUAAUAUGUGAUGAGUUAGAAGUGACUGUGGAAUAUUUUCAGUUCUCUACAUUAACAUGUUCAUAAAACACACUCAAUUCUUGUUCACCCUUGCUUGGAAAAAAGGAUAAUAGGUUAUUCUGACGAGCGAAUAUAAAAGAAAAAAGAGAACACAAUCAACCAUAUUUAGGUACUCUAUGAUAUGGAAAGACCCAAGAAUGAUUAUAAUGUUAAAUAAAGCCCUUGAAAGUAA